UGUGACUUUUGAUGCCCAUGUGGUGUUUGCAAACAUAAAAUGUUUUGGCGUGGAUGAUGCAUUUUCCUUUAAACUCGAAAUGGAAUUGACGUUCUCUGUCAUUGUACAGUUUGCAUUCAUACGCUACGUUUAUUCCGAGAGACACCGUCUCCAGUUCGAUUACACUGUCCUCACCAAACCUGAUGGGUUCUCCGGUCCUGUGUUCAGUGCAGUGGGUCUGUAUGAUGACAGACAGAUCUCUCACUACAGUAAUGAAGAACAAAAUUGGAAAAGAGACUCUUCAGAUGCAGAAAUCUGGAGAUAUACUGAAGAACCUCAAGAUUCUAAAGACCGGUUAACAAAUCUGGCCAGCACUCUGGUGAACUGCACAAGCUCCAGAUGUGAUGGCCUCCAUACUCUACAGAGGAGAAUCGGCUGUGAGGUGGAAAAACAUCCAGAUGGAUCAGUGAUGAAUGUAGAUGCAUUUGAUGAGUAUGGACAUGAUGGAGAGGAUUUUAUUGCCUUUGAUACUGACACAAUGCAAUGGAAGGAUAAAAGUCCAAAAGCUAAAGAAACCAAAAUGAAAUGGGACACUGACAGAUUUCGCAAUCAGUAUCUCCAGUCAUACCUCAACAACUGCAUGCACUGGAUCUCCACAUUUAAUGCGUCAAUACACACUCCUCCAGCUCUUUACAUGUUUGCAUCUGAAGUUCCUCAUGACCAAAGCAAGCUGAUUCUGACCUGUCUGGCCACUGGUUUCCACCCCAAACACAUAGAGAUGAACGUCACACAAAACAACAUCACACUCCAACCAUUCAGCUCUACUGGAGUCAGACCCAACAAUAACCAGACCUUUCAGAUGAGAACCAGUGUGGAGAUAAACAGAGAUGAGAAACAGAGUUAUGAGUGUCACGUCCUUCACAGCAGUCAGAUAUUUACAGCAUUAUGGGAUGGAAAUCUGGAAUCUAGAAGUCAUCAUUGGGCAGCAGUAGCUGCAGGUGCUUUUGCAAUUGUGGUUCUAUGCAUCAUGUCUUUAAUCUACAAAAACAGAAGGUUAAAUGGCUAGUUGCACUAUAAUAGUUCCACCACAGAACAUUGUGAGAACAUCAACUCAGGGUCAGCAGAUCUUCUGACUGCAAGUGAUUCACAUGAGAGCAGUGAAUCAGAAACACUGGUACAGGUGAUUCAUGGAUCUCCACUUUACGUUAAUGUUUUUUAAACACGAAAAACAGUUCAUUAUGCUCAUUCAUUUUUAACUUUAUUUUUUUUCUACUUGGCCUUUUCAUUAGGAUUACAGGCCAAACUCAAAUUUACACAAGAAAUUAUAUAGACAUUUUAACAGUAAUACAUACAGAUCUAUUAUGUAUUGAUGUAACAUAAUUAUUAUGUAUAAUUUCUUUUUAAAUUUUAAAAGCUUUCAGACUACAGUUUUUCUCAAUGGCUUUGGCUCAGUUCUCAAAUUAUUUUUUUUUUUUUUUUUUCUUAAAACAAUAAGUUCAGAUGUCUGAACAAUUAAUUUCUUGUUCACAUCAGAUUUCUUGCACAAUAACUAAAUGCACAAAAAAA